GACUGAUUAUAAUAAAAAACUUUCGUUCUGAGAAUUGUGCACUUUUUUUAUUAUCAAAUCAUUUAAAAAGUAAGCGUGAAGUCAUAGUCAAAUACAUUGAUCUCAGGUGAUCAAUGCAAUAAGGCGUACAAUUUUUUUGACUUACGCUACUUGAGGGUAUUUGUGUGAAUCGAGUUGAAUGCAUGUGUAUGUUAAUGCAUUGGAAUCGUGGCUUCUGCAAACAUAUUUUUUAAUCAAAAAUAGUGGACUCCCGCUGUUGUAAGUGUCCUAACAAUGUCAACGGAACACGAUGCUAAUCGCAACGUUGGGGGAAGGAACGAAAUAACGCUGCAAACUAUGAAAACUGACGGCAGCAAUGAUGACGAUGACACCUUUGAGGAUCUCGCGGGCUCAGCAGAUAAUUCUAUUAUAGGAAAAGUUAAAUCACGAGUGUCUAGCAUAAUACCUAGCCGUUUUUCUAAAUGGUUUUCACCAUCGACACGAAAUAAUGAUUCCUUAAAUGGAAGCUUCACUGUAGGUACAGCACGCCGUCGUCGACGUUUAGAGAGCGAUGACGAUGAUGAAUAUGUUGAUGACGGUAAUAUUAACGAAGAUGGAGCGCAUUCCCUCGGCGGGUAUAAAGAAAACUCGACAAGCGAUAAAGUCAAUAAGGAUUCAGAUGAAGACGAAAGCGACAACAAUAGCGAAGACGGUUCGCCAAAAGAUCCCAAUCUGUCAACUCUGAGGACGCAUCGCUCAAACAGGUCAUCGGGGUUUUUUAAUCAACCACCUAGUAAACGAUCACGUAUUAGUUACGAUAGCUCAAACGUUAAUCAACAGUCCUUAAUAGCUUCUACUCCUGCGGUUGGCGUCUGUCGUCGAAACAUCAAUAGCCAUUCAACUUCUUUAGUAGAAGAUGCUAUAAGUAAACCUCCAAAUUCGUCCUCGUAUUUUCUGGAGCCUAAUACGUAUAAUCAAAAGAAUGUGGAUGAACCGGUAACAUAUGGCUUUAUUUCAGGCCAAGUCACGGAUGGCAAACCACAGGAAAACUAUGCGAAUAGGAAGAUUUCUAAUGAAAAACAUUUGGAUAACAUUGCUAUAAGCGCAAGACGUACGUUACAUCUACCCUCAACGUCUCAGGCGUCUAAGGAUCGUGCUCUGUCAAUGGAUUUUUCCACUUUUCAACGGCAAUCAGUUGUGGGUAACAGAGAUAUAAAUAAUUUAUCUGUGGAACACCCUUCAAUGAGUGCUUCGGCAACCAUUAUUGAGGAAGAAGUCUAUGAAAGAGAUGAAGAAGAAGCUCUAUUCAGCCAAGAGAGGAAUCUUCAGCUAGAUGAAAAAUCGCGCUUCAACUUAAAUGGAAAUACUAAGCCAUUUACAUGUAGUAAAAAACAGAAAUUUAAUGGCACGGAUGAUGCCGAGGGUAGCAAUGCAGAUGCCGAUUCUGUCUCCGAAAGUAGUGAAGGGUGCAUAGGCAAUAUAUCUGAAUUACCCAACAACAUAAAUGUGGGACAACGUAAAACAGGUUUAUUUAAUAUGUCUAAUCUAAACUAUCAAAAUGGAAAAAAGAGUCGAACUUCGUCAUUUGGAAAUGGCAUAAAUUUUUAUUCGCAUUUAGAAGGGCGCAAAUCCCUAUUUUCUAGGGGGGCGAAUACUGGUGAUUCAACAAAUGCCCUAAAUAACUCAACAUUAUCACUGACAUCUCUGAACAGACGUCAAUUCAACGCUUCAAUCUAUGGCAGCACAUCGGCGUUGAGUGACAGUAGAUUGUUAAACACAUUUUCGCCUUUCUACAAAGGGAAAACUACAUAUGGCGGUGCUGCGGCCUACAAAAAAUAUAGCGGUGCGACCGGGGCAAGCAGGAUUUGCAAUCUAACACCAACAAUUAUACGUCCCACAUCGAGCUUAUCGACACUCUCAUCCUCAAAUAACUCAAUUGCCGCAAAUAGCGGUGGAACAAACGCAAUUGGCAACAAUGGAUCCGAAAACACUUCAGCUAUUUCCAGUACUGCUAAGCGAAUAUUGGAUUUAAUAAAUGAUUUUGCUACUCCCUUGAGUGAAGCUAAGAAAAUGGCCAACACAAACGUUAAAGCGCAUACACAACUUCUAACCCAAGCUAAAUCACGUUUAAACGAAAACGACCUUCAGGCCUCGCGUGCGAUACGACUAUCGCAAGUGCGUACACCCUACGCACGACCCGCCGUAACCCUUCAGCCAACAAUCAGAAAUUCAACUUUACUACCACCUGUAAAAGAAUUGCAAGUACCUUCAAUGUCGCAGUUAUUACAGAUGAAAAAGAUGCAAAGUACUACCGAACGAUCCCGACAAAUAGCUAUGCAAAGUAGUUCACUUACCACGAGUGCUAUUGUCGGAGGCGAGGAAUAUACACUACCCAUGGCGAAUGAAAAUUAUAUAGCUAAUAAGGAUGAUUCUGAAACUCGACACCAACAGCCGCACACAAAUAAAAUUAAAAGCAAAGGGCGAAGCUCUGCCCGUAUUACUGCUUCAAAGAACCAAGCUACCAAUCUUGAAGCUGGUGAGUCACCACCACCAGUUAACUUGCCCAAUAUAACAUUUCCGCUUAUGCAAUCUGUGCCAAAAUUUGACAUAGCUAUUCCUAACCCACGAACCGUUGCACCGAAAGCAAUUAACAAGCCCGACUACUCAAACUCUGAAAUCAUGUCUAAAUCAAAGUAUGCUGGCGAAGGAAUGCCGACCAUCAGUAAUAGUAACAGCAGUAACAUUUUCGCCAACAAAACUUCGUUUAAUUUUAAUACAGACAGUCAAAAAUUAUCCACCUCUGAGCCCUUAAAGAACACUGCGGGCGGCAAUUCGAAUGAAACGAAUAAGAAAUCAGUCGCUACAGAUAAAUUGAAUUUCAAGUUUUCUGCGCCACUUACUUUCGCAUGCGUUAACCCUAAUGCUUCUACACAACAAAAUAUCAAUUUGAGUAAAAACUAUAAAUUUAGUCCACCCACUGCAGUGUGCUCUAGAGACUUAGAUGUUGAUGGCUCAUCACCUACUCAACGUAAAGUACAAAGUGGUAACAAUGUGACUCCGCAACUAAGAAGUGGAAGUGUUCUGGACGCACUAAAGUUACCCCUAGCCAUACCAUCAACACCGAAAGAAAAUGCAACGACCAAAAAAGGCACUGAGGAACAUGCUGGUUUUGGUGAUGAAUUUAAGAAGGCUUCUAGCAACAAAUGGGAAUGCCAAACAUGUUUAAUUCCCAAUGAGAACAAUGUAGAUAAAUGCGCCGCAUGCGAGAUGCCGCGCAUUAAAUCAGUACCCACACCGCAGACUGUAAUCCCAGUUUUGGCAACAGCUAUUGCCAGCGGCUCUUCAAACUUUGGCACACAGUUUAAAAAAUCCUCCGAUCAAUGGGAUUGUGAUGUUUGUAUGAUACGAAAUAAACAACAGGUUGAUAAGUGUGUUGCCUGUGAGACACCACGUAAAGGCGCGACACCGUCUACCGAUUUGGCGGAAAGUAAUGGGAAGUCAAACUCAUUCGGUGAGGCUUUUAAGCCGAAAGCCAACACGUGGGAGUGCCCCACUUGCCUUAUAAAUAACAAAAACGACUGCAACGAGUGCGUUGCUUGCCAGACGGAAAAUCCAAAAAGCCGUAGCGACGGCAAAGGCAAGUGUCCAACAGUCAUCACAAAAAAUACACCAUUUAAAUUUGGUUUCAGCACUGUUGAUAGCACGGCUUUAUCAAAGCCAAAUGCUCCACCUGACAUUGGUUUCAAAUCCCUGGCGGCAGCCCAAAUGUCUGCCAAGUGGGAAUGCGAUGCAUGUAUGACACGCAAUGACGCAGCACGCAACAAAUGUGUCUGCUGUGAACAAGCAAAGCCAGGUAUCACAACGCCAGACGUUCCUUCUAACGGGCCUAAGUUCACUUUUGGUACAGCCGCGUCAUCAAAGUUCACAUUUGGCUUCGGCUCCAGUGCGAAUGGAACAUCGUCUGCCGGAUCGGGUAUUGUGACGACCUCAGUAGCCCCAUCGAAUCAAAAGACUGAAGGAGGAAAUACUAAAGGUUUAGAGUUUGACAGUUCUACCACUGUAAUUGCGUCUUCGAGGGCUUCUGAUUUUAGCUUUGGCAUAAAAACAACACCUGUUUCUGUUGAAAAGGAAGUUACUAGCCAAGGCAGCCAAGGCAAAGAUGUCGCAGAUAAUGGAAACAAUUCUAUAAAAGAACUGUCUGAAAUAAAAACUAGUGCAUUUAAAUUUGGUACGCCCACAACUUCGGUUAGCAAAAAUUUGGUUACAACUAAAUCACCCGUAAAUUUUAAGUUUGGCGUACCUGCCAGUGUUGGUGCGGCAACAACAGCUUCUACAGCGGCUACAGUUAAAUUCAGUUUAGCUACUGCCGACGCUGUUGUUAAAGACGGUUCAACGAAAUCAACAGAACCCACUAAAGCCGCGCCAAGCGGAUCAACUACUACUGGAGGAUUCGUAUUUGGUAAUGCAACAUCGCAAUCAUCAACCAAUAGUUUUUCAUUCGCCAAACCAGCAAAUACAACUUCUGUGGAAACAAAGACCACGUUAACAACACCAUUUUCUUUUGGUGUGGCUACGUCCACACCAACUCCAGCUCAAUCAUCAACUACAACAACGUCGACCGCCACAGUUAAGCCAUUGUUUAGUUUUGGCAGCAAUACUACCUCGACCUCAGCAGCAACAUCCACAUCUGCGCCAGCUCCUACCACAAUUACUAGCUCUUCGGUUUCGGCCUUUACAAACUGUGCAGGAGGCUUCAGUUUCGGUAGCAGCAUCACAGGUAAUGCCACAGCUUCUCAAACCGCCAAACCGGCUUUUGGUGGCAGCUUCGCCACAGUGGAGCCGUCUGCAGUUGCAUCCGUGCCUGGUACAGCAAUUCCCACAUUAUCAGCUUCGUCCACCAAUGUUUUUGGCACAUUAGGUGUAGCACCCUCUUCGGCUAAGACAACUACUACCUCAGCCAUACCGAUUUUAGCAUCCACAGCAGCUGUUGCGCCACCAGCAUCCAAUGUAAAUCCUUUUGGCACGAUAAGCCACGGAGUCAGUGGCGAGUCCAAACCCACUGCGUCCGCCACUAUGAUUUUCGGAAAUGCUGGCAGCAAAACGCCAGCCACUGCACAAGCUGCACCUGCGCCAUUUGUUUUCGGUUCAUCAGCAUCCAAUCCCACAAUGCAAGGGACAGCGAGUACCACAUCUGCAAGCGGUAACAAAGUUGCACCGACAUCAAGCUGGCAAAAGAGUGGAUUCACUUUCGGUGUGUCCAAUGUUAACGCUACAACAACAUCGAAUACAACUGAUGCGCCAAAACCUGUAUUUGGCAGCUUCGGAUCCAAUCCUGAGGCACCUACUGCAACUGCUUCAUCAGCUGCAACGGUUAUGGGUGCUGGUAGUACGGUUUUUGGCGGCUUGAGCGCAAGCAACACAGCAACUAUCCCGACCGCUACCUUUGGCAGUGUGGCAGCUAAUACUUUAGCAGCCAGCCAAGGAACUGUGUUCGGCGCUAGCGCUGCGACAUCCUCAUCGGCCACACAGUCAACACAAAAUCUUUUCGGUGCGGUGCCGGCAGCACCAUCCGGUUUUGGUGCGCCACCAUCGUUUGGAAGUGCCAGCAGCAGUGCGGCCAAUAACACACCGAACUUUGGCGCUGCCAGUCCAGCUACGUUCGGAAGCUUCGGCGCGGCGGCAUCGAGCACAAGUGGCGACGGUGCAUCCGCACCGAAGAAAUCCGAACCGGCCUUCAAUUUUGGCGGCAAUACUUCACAAAUCGCAUCAAGUGGAGGAUUCAAUUUUGGGCAGCAAGCAAGCGCAAUCGCAAAACCAGCGUUCAAUUUCACCGCUUCAAAUGCACCGACAUUCAACUUCACCGGUUCGAGCAGUGAUCAGGCAGCGAAACCCUUCCAAUUUGGAGCAACACCAGCGCCGCUUUUUAAUUUUAGUGGUGGGGCCGUGGAGGCCAACACCAUCAGCGCCAAACGCACCGGGUGCCAUGCAGGCACGACGAAAGAUCCGGCAACCGACAAGACGUCUUACACCACGGUAGAGCAAUUUAUAGCAGCGGACGCCUCUAAAGGCGUGGACCAACAACAAACUAAACUGACGGGACAACUACAAUGGUCAAGACAGAGGAACAUCAAAGACAACAAUAACAGCAACAUUAAAAUUCCCACUAGCGCGUGGAACGACGAUUGUCACGCAGCAAAAUUAAACUACGAUGACAGUGGAAACAGCAGCAGCAAUAGCAAAGCCCAAAACGAAUUAGGAAAAUCGCUAUUAAAUAGUGGAACAAGAGCGGCUAGUGGCCACAAAGAUAACCGUGGCUACAACCCGGCCAUAAAAUCUCAAGUGACUCCAAACAAAUAUAAAUACAUACGUAUGCCGAACAGCACCGGCACUCAAAAUACUUACAAUACUGCAAUAUUCGCUAGAAAAAGCAACACAAUUUCAGAGAAACCUAAAAUAUUGUGUAAAAGUGGCAGUAUGAAUGAAAUUUCCGUUCAUCAGAAGUCUGGAAUGCGAUUAGUUAAACGUAGUAUUCGCAUUCGGCAGAAAUUUAAUAAAGGUAAAGCGGAAUGUGAAGUACCACAAAGCUCAAGCGUUGAAAUGCAAGCUCUGGUCACACCAAAUCUAUAUCGCAAAGUUAAUUUAAAAAAUGGUAAAUCGGUGGCAAUAACGACCCAAAAGCCUCGUCAUACCACGUUGCAGUUGCCAUCACAAUCGCCAUCGGAAGGAAUUAGUCAGUAUCGUUUGGAGCGUAGCCAGCAAGACAACACAGAGCUGAAUCCAUUGCAUAGUCAUUUAGUUGAAUCCUUGGCAAAGAAAACUGAGCAUUCAAUAGAUAGUCGAAAAGCGCGCUACUCCUUUGUUAUCACCACGGCCAAUAGAGCCACUAUUGCUACAGAUGAUGCUAUUGACUAUGUUCCCAGUCCGACUGUGGCCACAAGAGCUGUUUCGCACAAAUGAUAAUGCGGUCCCGGAUGCGAAGUAAUUUUGUUACCAACUAUUAAAAACAUAAUUUUCAAAGUGCGGGUAUAUGACAGAAGUAACGUGACAGGUUCCAUUAUUAUUGAUUUCUACGGGUUAAUUUAACCAAUUUACUAUUUUUAAGAGCUCUACUAUUGUAUAAAAAAAAGAAUUAAAAAACAAAAGAUAUAACAGAUAAUAACGAGGUUAUAAUAGGUAAAAGAAGAAAUUAGAAAAUAAAGAACAUCAGAAUCAAGAGAAAAUGAAUUUUGCAACGCAAUUACAUUAAUGUAAAGAACUUGUAUACUCCUACUGCACAAUUAGCAAGAAGGAAAAAGGAGGGACUAAAUCCCGGGAGGGUGAUGAAUACAAUUCGGUGAUGUCGAAAGUAAUACGUUAAACAUGCUUUACAAGAUUUUAAACGUACAUUUUGAUAAUAAACACUUUUUAAUUCACAGGCCCUGAGAGGUAUAAAAAAAAACUAUUGCAUCCUAAAUCCUGUGCUUAUUUUAAUCUUGUUUAAAAAAAAAUAAAAAAUUACGUAUUCGUCCCCGAUAUUAAAAUAAAGGAUAAGAACGAACCCCUUUCUACAUUUAAAACUGAAAAUAUUUCUCACAACGACUAUUUACAUGCAUUAUAUUUUGUUAUAUUUUUUAAGAAAAAUAUUCGUUCCAUCAUUAAUAGUGUUAACAAAAUUAUAAAUCGUAGUUUAAUUGAAUUAUUUCAACUUUGUUUUGUACUAGAAGUCAACAUUAAUCCACGGAAAACCGCUGAGGUUUCACAAUUAUACAAUAAAUUGCUGUACAUACAUACAUAUAGUAUUUGUUAGAUA